GUAGCUGGCGCCGCGGCGGCUCCGGCUCCGGGUCCGGGUCCGGCUCUAGGAGCGGGUCCGGGGGCACAGGGAGGCGGCUGCUGCAGCUGGCCAUGCCGCUGGAGCUGGGGAGCGGCUGGUUCCCGGGGCUGGUGCCCGCUCUCACGCUGCUCCUCCCGGCCCUGGCCGUGCUCCUCGCCCUCCGCCUGUGCCUCGCUCCCCUGCAGCUCCUCCGAGCCCCGCACCAGGUCGGCUACAUCCCCGAGCCCGGCACCAGCAGGAGCCAGGCGGCCGCUGAUGUCAGGAGGAGGCGGAAGAGGGGGGAGCUGCCCCCGGUCUAUCCGAACGGCUGGUACCGGCUCGUGGACUCGCAGGAACUCCGCCGGGGCCAGGUGAAGAAUGUCACCAUCUUCGGGGAACAGGUUGCAGUGUAUCGUGGGCAGGAUGGACAGGCCUAUGUCGUGGAUGCCUAUUGCCCUCACCUGGGCGCUAACCUGGCUGUGGGAGGGCAAGUCAUUGGCAACUGCAUCGAGUGCCCAUUCCAUGGCUGGCAGUUCCGUGGUGAGGAUGGCAAGUGCGUAAAGAUUCCGUAUGCAGAGAAAGUGCCAGACUUUGCGAAGAUUAAGACCUGGCCAUCCUGCGAGCUGAACUGUGCGGUGUUUGUGUGGUUUCACUGUGACGGUGUUGACCCGAGCUGGAGUGUUCCUGAACAGGAGGAGAUCCAGUCUGGAGAGUGGGUGUACCGUGGGAGGACUGAGCAUUACAUCAACUGUCACAUCCAGGAGAUCCCAGAGAAUGCCGCUGACAUUGCUCACCUGUCCCACCUGCACACCCCCAACAUGCUGAGUGGAUCUGAUCUACGCUACACCAGGGUCAGGCUCUGGGGCUUUGCACAACAUGACUGGAAGGUGGAAUGGCACCCAGAGCCUGAGCCGACUAAACACUGCUCGCGGAUGUUGGUCUACCAUUCCCUGUACAUCCUUGGGUGGCACUGCUCUCUCCUGGAUGUCCAUGUAGUUGCCAGGCAGGUGGGUCCUGGCAUUGUCUACAUGCUGUUCAAUCACUCGUCCCUGGGCCGUGGAGUCAUCCUGCAUUGUGUGACGCCGGUGGAGCCUCUGCUGCAGAGAGUGAGUCACCGCAUCUACUACCAGGCCAACAUCCCCCCCAUCGUCCCCAAGUUCAUCCUGAAGGCUGAGUGCGUUCAGUUUGAGCGCGACGUGAUGGUCUGGAACAAUAAGAAGUAUGUCUCGAAGCCGCUGCUAGUGAAGGAGGACUCUGCCAUCGCUCGGCAUCGCCGCUGGUAUGCCCAGUUCUACAGUCCGAAGAGCCCCCGCUUAACCAUGCGGCACGAUGAUCUUGAGUGGUAACUGCUGCUCAGGGACUCCGUAAGUCCCGAGCUCCAAUAACCUGCAGUGAACCUGUCCCUGAGAGAGAGGAGAGGAGCGGACUUGGGAAUGGACUUGCUGCAGUCUCCAGGAGGGCGAGCAAUGGAUUCGGAAUUCCCUCUUUUCAACUCAUUGCUUCAAAUGUUUGAGACAACUUCCAAACUGUAAAAAUCAUCCAAAGACUUGACUUCUCCUUGGCUAUCAAGGAGAGAGAGUUUUAUGCGUGUUUUCACAAGAGAUUUUAUACAAUUAUAACUUUUAUUUUUUUUUUGCUGAUCAGUAAUAUGUCUUAAUGGUUGGAGUCUCAGGUGCAUGACACAGGGUGAGCUCAUCCUGGGGGGGGUGGGGGGGGGGCACAGAGGUGGGGGGGUGGGUGGUAGUGUCAGGUAACUGGCAUUUGCCACUCCUUCCCAUUUGGGGUGCACUUGGUGGUGAAGGCUCAAGCUGAGAGUGCAGGUUACUCAGACCCAAGCACCAGGAGGAGAGGGCAGGGCAGGGCAAUCGAGUGUACGUGGGAGGGAUUGGCUGUGUGGCCACAGUCAUGGGAAAGAAUCAAAACACUGGUUCUGGUUAACUCUGUACAGUGUAGCUCCUACCCUGCAUUGACGGAGAAUGUUCCUGCAACUCUCUGUGUGAUAGGCUCGAGUCCAUACCCAGUUUAGAAAAAUCAAUUCCAACAGUGAGAUCCUGUCCUUCAGCCAGCCACGUCCACACACUGGGUACCCAGGGGAGUGGGCAGAGACGGGCAGAGUGUCACAUUCACUGAGUGGGAGGAAGGAACAGAGGGUCAUAGCUGCACAAUCUGGGGAGGUGGGGGUCACAGUUGGGGUGGAGGGUAAAGGGCUGUUCAGUUUUACCUCCAUGGGAAUGCUCGCCCUGCAUGUGGGAGUGGUUGAGGUGGGAGGGAUAGGGAAUCUCUGGCACUGUCUCCUGUGGUAUUGGAUACACACUCACGAUAAACAGGGUGCUUCUCUAAUGAUGGAAUUGUCCUGUUCUGCACUCUGAGCCUAGCUAUUGUGUGUAACUCCCUCAACAACACUCUGAGGAAUGGUCUCAACAUAUUUUUGUGAUUUUAUAGUCUAGUUGCAUUUGUUUGGAAUAUAGAUUUGAAAUAAAUAUAAUAUAAAAUUA